UUAACUAUUUCAAUAUCAAUCUAUGAUGGUGUGUCACCCACCGUGCAUUGUGCACCUCUAACUGUGUUUGUGUGGAAUUCAAACUGACCCCUACUACCAGCCUGUACGAUAUCGCGAUGUGGUAGCUCAAUCAUACAACAGUGAGAAAGGAUGCAGACGAUAUUAUAUACCGGCUGAAACGAUGACUCUAACAUUCAAGGAGAUUGUACAUUUGUCUUACCGAGCAGACGAUUAUUUACACUAAAAGCGUUGAGGAAUCAUGGCGACCGAGGAAAAGGAGAGAGGUAAUGGAACCACCGCGAGGAUGAACAGGGCGCCGCCCCCUCAGCCCCCAAUUCCGCCGGACGGAGGGUGGGGAUGGGUCAUCACAUUUUCAUCUUUUAUGGUCAGUUUCUUAGUGGAUGGUGUCUGUUUCACUUUUGGAAUAUUCUUUCCGGAAUUCCUCAGACAUUUUGGUGAAAGCAAAGGAAAAACGCAAAUUCUCGGGUCUGUUCUGAAUGGAGCCUAUUUGUCCCUAGGUCCCGUAGCUGGAGCACUGGUCAACAAAUUUGGGUGUCGUAAGAUCGCCAUCAGCGGAGCGUUUGUGUCCAGUAUAGGACUUUUCCUGUCUACGUUCUCUCCAAAUCUAGACGUCAUGAUUCUGCUAUAUGGAGUUGUUGGAGGAUGUGGAUUUGGGCUGAUCUACCUUCCCGCCAUUGUGAUGGUAGGCUACUAUUUUGACAAAAAGCGAGCUUUUGCGACAGGAAUAGCAGUUUGUGGCUCCGGGAUUGGCGGGUUCGUAUUCGCGCCAUUGUGUGUGUUCCUGUUGGAAACGUAUGGCUGGCAAGGAGCGAUGUGGGUCAUUUCCGGUAUCGUCUUUAAUGGCGCCAUAUUUGCGUCGUUUUAUCGUCCACUUGAAGAAAAUAGAUCAAUAUGUAAAAAUAUCGAUUGUGAGCAAACUUCAUGUGAAAAAGAUUCUUACGAUUUUCAAGAAAAUGGAAGUAAAAACGUGAAACCAAACGAUUUGUCACUUAAUCCAAUUUACCGAUGUCGCUCUCUGGAAAUCAACUGUGAUAAGAAUGGAGCCGAUUGUACGGCACGGCUUGCUUUCAGCCAAGAUUUGUCACUGUUAAACACCCAAACCGAAAGUCCAAAACAACGACACAAGGACCAUUUAAGUCCUUUACUCAGAAAGGAUAUAUUUUAUAGUGGAAGUUUAGAUCAUAUUCCAGAGCGAGUGGCAGCUAAAAGUGACGCUGAUUAUGUGACUAAAAUGACUAUUCAUAGUAACGAGGAUAUACCAGAUACAAAGAAAAUCCCGUGUUGUGCGAGAUUUUGUGUUUUAUUCCAGGAGACCUUUGACUUUUCAUUACUCGCAAGUCCAACCUUUUUAGUGUAUGGUGUGUCCUGUUUUCUAUGUAUGUUUGGUUUUUUCAUUCCAUUUAAUUUUUUACCUGCCCUUGCCCAGGAUCUUCAGCUGUCCAUUGGAGAAGGCGCUCUUCUGAUAUCCAUCAUUGGCAUUUCUAAUACUGUAACGAGGAUUCUGGUUGGUUGGGUUUCUGACCAAUCAUGGGCUGAUUGCCUCCUCAUUAACAAUGUGGCGCUUUUGAUUGGAGGACUUAUCACGUGCUUCGUACCAUUCUACAAACUCUACGUCAUUCUAGGCAUCUACUCGGUGUUGUUUGGAGCAGCUAUUGCGUCGUUUGUCUCCCUGAGGUCAAUCAUCAUGGUCGAACUGAUGGGGAUCGAGAGGCUGACCAAUGCAUUCGGACUGGUCACUCUGUGUCAGGGUUUAUCGUCUUUCAUUGGCUCACCCAUAGCAGGGGCUUUAGCCGAUGUGACUGGCGACUACAACAUUACAUUCUACCUAUCUGGAGUGACUUUGAGUCUGGCUGGGCUAAUCUGUUUCCCACUGCGGAGGAUCGCAAAAUGGGAGAAAGGCCAGAACGCACAGAUUGAUACAACUAUAGUCCCUACCAUUUCUCUUUCUGAGCCAGAGAAAAGUCCGAUGCUAGAUCAGACUUAGGUUGUUUUUAUUAAUUGUCAAUUGGGAACAGACUUAUCUCUUCCAGAGUUGUCGUUCGUUAUACUCAGGGUACCGCUAUGCACUCUGGGAGAGACUAAUAACAUUAGCAAAUAUCGACGAUGGAUGAAAGUUUUCAGUGUUUCUCAAUUUACCAAGCAUAAUUAGUUCUUCAACGAAAUCUGCAUCUUAAACACGCUUGAUUGUUUUUCAAACAUUAAAAGAAUGAAAUCCAUCAGGAAUAACUCAUUGUUACCGGUCCCGGGUAACAUGUAAAACAGUAUUGCAAGCCAGAUACAAUAGAUACAUAAGUUUGUUUUCCCUUUACUUAUGUUAGAAGGUACCGAACGUAUUAUGGAUAUAAACAAAAACUUCUAAAAUAUAUAUUUCUUUUGUACAGUAUACAAUGUGUAACUUAAAUAUAGAACAAAGUCACG